CGUGACUCCUGAGUCUUCAACCUGCCAUCCAGCAGCCGGCCGUCAGCGCUCACAAUAUCCGAAAGGAUGGCAGAAGAUCCCAUGUCAUGUGACUGUUUUGUUUCAUUGCCCCCUGGCUCUCUUGAUGACCACGUCAUUUUUGGGAAGAACUCUGACCGUCCCCGGGAUGAGGUGCAGGAGGUAGUCCACUACCUCCCAACCUCUCACCCUCCGGGCACCAUGCUGGAGUGUACAUAUAUACAGAUCCCUCAGGUAGAGCAGACAUAUGCUGUUAUCCUUAGUAAACCAGCUUGGAUGUGGGGAGCUGAAAUGGGAGCCAACGAUCAGGGAGUUUGUAUUGGGAAUGAGGCAGUCUGGACUCGAGAGGCUGUCACUUCUGGAGAGGCUUUGCUGGGCAUGGAUCUUGUGAGGCUGGGCCUGGAGCGUGGUGACAGUGCAUGGGCAGCGCUCACUGUCAUCACUGGCCUGUUGGAGCAACACGGACAAGGGGGUCAGUGCAGGGAGGAUCCUGAACCUUUAAGCUACCACAGCACCUUCCUUCUGGUGGACCGAAAUGAAGCUUGGGUUCUGGAAACGGCUGGAAGACUGUGGGUUGCACAGAAGAUCUCAGAGGGAGUGACGAACAUCUCUAACCAGUUGACCAUCGACACUGAGAUUACCACAGAGCAUCCGGAGCUGCGGAGCGUGGCCCAGGCACAGGGCUGGUGGGAUGGAGAAGGAGAGUUUAACUUCUCACAAGUGUUCAGCCCUGAGAAGCAACCCAUCAGGAUGGAGCUUGCCAAAAAGCGCUAUAAGGGGGGUGCAGAGCUACUACAGCAACGUGACGGCUCCGUGACAGCACAGGUGAUGAUGUCUAUUCUGAGGGACAAGCCCAGCGGCAUCUGCAUGGAUUCUGGCGGUUUUUGCACCACGGGCAGUAUGGUGUCUAUACUUCCCAGAGAUACGAACCUGCCAUGCAUCCACUUCUUCACUGCGACUCCAGACCCCUCCCGGUCCAUAUUCAAGCCUUAUAUCUUCUCUGAGAACUACACCCCUGUGCUCAGUGUAGUCUCCCCACACUUUGGCCCUGAUGAUCCUGCAAAGAAGCAGCCGCGCUUUCAGGACCAGGUUGACCGCAGGCAUGACCUUUACAAGGCUCACCAGGAGGCACUGAACACUAUGAAGACUGACCCGGACAAGGGCUUAGCUAACUAUACGAUUCUGAGGGACCUCGAGUCACAGUGUCUGAGUGAGAUUUCAGCCAUGUUGAGUGGAGAGAUACCAGGCGAUGAACUGGGAAACUUGUUUUUUGAUUGUGUGGACACGGAGAUCAAGUUCUAUCAAUGACAGGUUGGAGAACUGCUUGGUUUGAUCUUAAAUUACCACACUUGAAAAUUGCCGUGGUUCAACGACUUUCCUGAUAGUACUUAAAAAUUUGAAUCUAAUAAUCUUAAUCAAUUAACUGUCGACAUUUAGUUAUGAACGACAACAGUAAAGCACAUAAAAAUGACUGAAUGAAUGAAUGAAUUGUUGUUAUUUUCCCCAUCUAGUUGGAACAGUUUAGUCAGGUUGAAAGGUCACUGUUUGUAGUUUCAGUGGCUUAUUUGCCGCAUGUACAUGAAACUGUCAACUGAUCAACUGUUUUUUCAUACUGCGGCCUCAACUGCUCAUUCCUAGUAAACUGAGAGUGGCAGGAAAGGCCGCGGAGUGACUCUUGGAACAUUUAUCCUCCAAUAUGCCUUUGCCUCACCUCGCAUAUCGCUGAUACCGUUAUAUAAUUCAUUAAGACUAAGGGGUCUGUUUUCGUGACCGGCGUAAGACUGCGUGGAGGCAUCUUAGCGUUUGCUGUCAAACUCCUUGGAGGUCUUCCCGUCCUUUUUGUUUUGGUAAUUUCACAGACAGGCGUAAGCAGGCGUGUUUAAAAGAGUGAGGUCUGCGCCGCUGUGGGCGUGAUCACAGCAGAUUUCAAUCAUGCCCAAUCAAAGCGGCUCCUCCCAUUCCCGUUAAAUGUGGCGCACUCACGGCCUCACUUAUAGACAUCUCUGUGUGGAAGAGAACAAUAUGUAAUCGCAGUAAUCCGUGCGUGACUGGAGCAUUGUCAUUGCUCUUGGACGGUGUGGCAAUAGACAAACAGAGCGGGUACCCUUAUUAAACAACGAAUGAGCUGGUGAUAACCGCUGGCAAUUUAAAUAUGUCCGCGGACCUCAGGUAUCAAUCUAUCACCACCCACAAUCAUUCGUGUGCCCGCCUCCCAUAGCUGUGCUGGCCCGUGAGAUGAUUUAAAAUAUAUAAUGAUGAUGAUGAUAAUAGUGCCGCUACUACUGCUACGAAUAAUAAAAAUAAUAAUGCAUUCAAUGACUUGGCAAACGUGAACGAGUCUUGUGCUUGCACAAAAAUUCGUAUAUACCAGCAAUUGCAUCCUGCCACAGAUGCGUCGUCUACGAAAAUAGGACCCUAAAUGUCUAAAAGAUGUCUGAUCAUCAGUUUAACCUGGGAACAAUGACCUCUGUAGUGUUAAUAAAGGUCUAGAUGGCACAUGCACUAAUGUAGCAGUGGUUUUGCACUUCAGUAUUGUAUGGAGUAUGUUUGAAAUGUGAUUUGUUGGAAAACAAUGGGUUGUCAUGUGAUGGCUACAUGGACAAUGUGAAAUAAAGACUGUUUAGAAUGUGA